ACAAACGUCAUUUGAGAAAAGUUGAUCAUGAGCUAACGGCAGACACUCCAUGAUCACACCAUCGGUCCCAGGGCAUCGGUCACAACAAGCCAACGAGCCUACUUCCUGGUACAUAUCGCAGCAAACGUCAAUUAUUCUUGUAUGAAAAGGAUAUCUGAGGUACGUAAUGACAUUCUCUCAGCAACGUGAUAUAUCUGGACGAAUGGCCCAACUUUCUAGUGCCAACACGGGAUUUGCCCUUCAUAUCUAUCAAACCCUUCAAGAUGAGCGGAGUGGUAGAAACUUGUUCUUCUCUCCCCUGAGCAUAUCCACAGCCCUUGCAAUGACGCAGCUUGGAGCCAGAGGUGAUACAGCAACUCAGAUCGCGGACGUCUUUCGUUUCAACCAGGUAGACCAACUGCAACUCCAUGGAACUUUCAAAGAGCUUAACAACUUGCUGUACCAGAAACAAUCUGGUUACAAACUUCAUGCAGCCAACAAGCUGUAUGGCAAAUCAGGCUUCAACUUCGUUCAGUCAUUUGUGGAAGGAACUGCUUCAUAUUACGGAGCAGCCAUAGAAGCUGUGAAAAACUUUGCAGAUCCAACUGCUGCUAAAUUGAUCAAUGAUUGGGUGUCAAAGCAAACUGCUGGUAAGAUCACAAACCUUAUUGCCCCUGGUAUCUUGAAUGAUCUUACACGCCUUGUCCUCGUAAAUGCCAUCUAUUUUAAGGGGAACUGGGCAUCAAAAUUUCGUGCCGAAAAUACGACACAAGAUGUAUUCAAAGUUCUAGAUGAACGAAGUAAAGUUCCUGUGAGUCUUAUGAUUCAAAAGGGUAAAUUUUCCCUUGCCAUUGACGAAGCAAAUGACUGUCUUGUUCUUGAAAUGCCCUAUCAAGGCAACGAUCUCAGUCUGCUGAUCGUCCUUCCAAACAAAGAUCACGGCCUCGUGAAUCUUGAGUCGAAACUCUCUGCGGACAUCCUGAAAUCCUGGGACUUAAGACUCAAAUCAAGACAGGUGAACAUACUUUUACCAAAGUUCAAACUAGAAGCAGAAUUCCAACUGAAGGAAGUUUUGAAACAAAUGGGAAUGCCGGAUGCUUUUGAUGAGAAUAUGGCCAACUUCGAAGGAAUUUCAGGUGAUAGAGAAUUGUACAUCUCUGCAGUCAUCCACAAGGCGUUUGUCGAUGUCAAUGAAGAAGGGAGCGAGGCAGCUGCUGCAACAGCCGUUGUGAUGAUGAAAAGAUGCGCUAUGCCACGAGAACCAGAGAAGCCAAUAUUGUUUCGAGCAGACCAUCCAUUCCUCUUCAUGAUUCGUCACCGCUCCACUAAAUAUCUUCUUUUCAUGGGAAGAAUGAUGGAUCCCUCCUAAAACUUGGCUACCUGAUUUUCGCUAUCUACCGUUUGAACCGAUAAAUUUGCGUAUUAACCAAAAUGGUAAAUGCGAAUUAUCUUCUUAGAAUGCAUUUUGGUUGGAGUAUUGUUCAUUCAUUAUUUUGCAUUAGUUUGCAAUGAAAUUGAAAUUGAAGAUGGCAUCAAAUAUUGUUACCUUUUUUUUCUAGAUAUUCAUAUGUAGUUGACCAAAAAAUUCUGAUAAAGAAGGCUCCAGAAACCAGAGUGGACAAUGUAGUGCGGUGAUAAAUUUGAACAGUACAUUAUAUCCUAUUCGGACCAUAUCCUUAAAGGGGAAGUUCGCCCUGACAAAAAAAAAUCAUUGUAAAAAUAGCAGGAAAGAAUGAUUAACAAAAUGUUGAAGGUUUGAGGUAAAUCCGUCAAAGAUUAAAAACUUAUUAGAAAUUUAAUUUUUGGUUUUGUGACGUCAUAUGCGAGCAGCCCUCCAAUUAUCGUGAAUUAAACAAAAAUCAAAAUGUAAUUUUCUUUAAAAAGUUUUAAAUGGUUCUAAUCGUGUACCUCCAGUUUAUGAAAAACAAAUCAUGUCACACUCGCUCCUGAAAGAGAUCAUGAUUUCACCAUGAGCCAUUAAAAAAAGGAAGUUCGUGCACUCAGCUGCUCGUAUAUGACGUCACAAAUCAAAUAUUCAAAAAUGUUUAGUAACUUCCUUGUCUUUGAUGGAUUUCACCAAUAUUUCUUUCUUUUUUUAACAAACAGAAUAUUAUAUGGAUUUUAAAGCGUCUGUCAAAACACGAUUCAAGCUAUAAUGAAUGACUAAAAGCAAAUAUUUGUAAACCAAAUUAAACAUAUUUAUUCAUUAUUAACCCGAAAGCCCCCACCCUCGACAUUUUCCGCGACCAUUCCGCUGUGCGAAAUUUUUCGACCGCGCCGCUCGCUGACUUUUUAUUUUGAAAUCUUGCGCAUUUUUCGAGACCAGGGCCCCGUCUUACAAAGAGUUACGAUUGUUCCGAUCAAUCGCAACUAUGAACGGCCAAAAACGUAAACAUCUAUCAUGCAUGUUUGUUCAAAAUAUUUUCUAGCUAUGAUGUAUAUUCAUGCAUUCAUUGUUUUCUUGAAAAUUUACUGCGCUUCUCUUUGCAUACAAAGGACAUUGCGGUGGCGUAACAGGCGGGGGGCAAGCUGCCCCCCCCCCCUGGAACAUUUCAACGGGGAAAUAAAAAAAAAAGGAAAAAGAAAAAAGGGAGGGAGAAAGAAAGGGGAAGGAAAGGGAAAAGGAAAGGAGGAAAAGGAAAAGGAAAGGGAAAAGUGAAUAGAAAACGAAGAUUUUUUUUAAUGGAAAUGGAAAAAAGCGGGCAAAGGUACGCAAGAAGAACAUUUGAGAAAGAACAAAUCAUUCCGAAAUAGGCUUAUGUAAUGCAAUAGCAUAAUGGGAAAUAAAUUAAAAGAUGACAAAAUGGCAAACAAUAGCGGGAAACGAACGUAGAAUGGAAUUAGUCAAAAGCUAAAUUGGAAAACAAAGAAAAGGGACAAGAAAACAAAGAUUAAUAACACGACCGGGCUGCCGAGGAUUGAAAAUAAAGAGCGGGAAGAAAGAUGGACUGCAAACAACAUUGUGCUAUAAGCUUGCUAAAUUUUAUGCAAAUAAGCUACCGGGGUUUUACCCCAGACCCCACGCAGUAGGGGCUCUUCAUCUAUAACCAUCAAAUGGCUCUAUAUCGCCCCCCCCCCCCGUUCAAUCACUGGCGUACAGGCGCGGGGGGGGGGUCUUGGUUCCACACCCAAGAGGAAAUAAAAUAAAUUAUAGGAGACAACGUAUAUAAUAAAAUGAAUGGAAACAAUGAAAUGUGUUAUUUGCUGAAUAAUGGAAAAAUCUAUCACAUAAUAAGAAUUUAAUUUCAAUAGGCAAUUUUUUUCCAGCUCGCUUUGCACGCUAGCGACUUUUAACAAAUUUUCCCACAUUGAUAUAUGUUUUGCCCCCCUCAAAUAAUUUGGUUCAUUACACAACUGGGCAUGUUGAAUAAAUGUGUUGUGUAAAAGCUAUAUUCUGUAUAUACCCGCGAUUUGAUUAAAAUAGCGGCAAUCUGCGAGGUUUAAAUGGCUUUGAUAUCAAAAAGUUCGAAGGGGCUCCGCCCCGGACCCCAACCGCACAGCACUGCCGUAUAUGAGUAUGGAAGGGUUGGGCCAUUG